CGGAGGGCGGUGGUUCCUAGUUAUGUUAUUACGGAAGAAAACCGUUGAUGAUAAUGCAUACCUUUACCAACUACCUAGGUACAGUAGGAGCGAAUAAGACUCGUAUCUCGGACUACUUAGGACUAGGGGUGGUAGUCGGUAGCCGAACGCAAAAGCAGCUGUUAUGAUACGCGAUUACGAGCAUAGAACAUGCAUACUGGAUACAGGAUACUGGAUUAUAGUAUAGCGGACUCGUAUUCGGAUUUCGACUUGGAUUCAGAUACACAUGUUUCAGUCUCGCCAUCAGUACGUUGUUGUAGAUGCUCAUAGGCAUGACAUGGUGAAGUGAAGUGAAGUGCAGUGCAGUGUAUUAUAUAGUGCUGCGUUUACGAUUAAUUACUUUACGUAGGUAUCACACCGUCGUGCAAUCGUAAAACGACGAUAUUACGACCGAAUCGGCAAUUAAUACUUGUGCGCUAAUUCGCGUAUACGUUUCGAUUUCGUAUAAUUAUGAGUGUUUGUGUACGCUGAACGUAUAGCUAUACACAUAUCGGAUUAAUUAUUGUACUCGUCAAUCAACCGCUGCGAUGAUGAUCGCGAUUCGGCGUGCAUUUUUUUUAUCGUGUUGCCUUUUAUGGCUGGCGGUGGCGGCGGAGGCGACGAGUGAAACGAACGAAUUGCAGCAACUCAAAUCGCAAAUAGACGCGUUGAUCGUUCAAAGGCAAGAUGAUUUCAGUAAAUUGGAAGCUGUGGCGCGUAAUUUGCAAAAUAAGGACGCUGAAAUCGACCAAUUACGAAACGAGAUCAGAGACAUAAAAAUGGAGUUAGAUUCGGUGAAAGCAAAAGCUCCAUCGGAAGCCUGUUCAGAAGAAAACGUCGGAGGGACGGCAGCGACCGGGACCUCCAGCUCAAGCGGAUGCGGCAAUCAAAAGAAAAACGAGCGACUCACCUUCGAGUGGCUAUCGAAUUCGAUUUCCGAAAUUCGCGUCGAAAUGGCCGAAUUAGCGAAAUCAUUCAAUUCAACGGUCGCUUUGCAGCAACGCCAGACCAUCUCGACCGAUAUUUCGAUACUACAAAACGACGUGGUCAGCCUGAGGCACGACGUAGAGCAUUUGAAAACGGACGCCACCAAAUACGACGCUAAAUUGGCGACUUUAGCGCAAGACGUUGAUACUUCCAAGCAGUCAACAUCUAGCGUCGCUGCUAAACUGGUUAACUUGACGCAACAGAUUCGUACAUUUUUGACGUAUGAUUGGUCCGAAGUGGUGAAACCGUUGAAAAAAAGCCAACGUUUGGCCAUCUUCAAGAAAAUGGUCGUGAUGAAUGAAAAUCCGUUAGAAAUGCAAGUUUUCACGACAACGCGACACCGUCGCCGUCGUGAUUACAGUCAUAAAAGAAACGAAGUGCGCCGUCUACGUCGCCGUCGCCGGUACCAAGAAAACGACAACAACAACAGCGACAAAAACCACCCAGACAAUGAAGAUGACUAUGCACCUCGAGAACAAGAUGCUGGUGCCGUAGUACAUCUGGAAAAACGCGUGAAAAAGUUGGAAAAAUCACUACACGAUGCAACGUUCCGUAAUAAAGGGCAAGAAAAACUACAUUCGUCCAUGCUGGAGUUGUUGGAGUCGGUAGAAAACAUCGAAGCGAAAUUUGACAACGUCACACCCGUCUUGAGAAAAGAAAUAUCCAAACUGGAAUUUUCUCUGGCUCAGAUUAUCGCCAACCUUUCGCUGACUCGACAACAUCAGGAAAAUGACAAGACAUUCUUAUCAACGGUGGCUGAGAAUUUGUCCAAAGCGCAAUCCAAACUCCUCGAUUUUGAAUCACACCUCAAUAUUAACGAUAAAAAACUGGAUCAAGCAGUGGCAUCUUUCAAUUCGUGCACUAAUUUUAUGCUGCAGAAUGUGACGAUGGCUCAACAAUCUUCCAGUUACCCGUACGUGUUGGACAAUGUUGCAGCUAAUGGCAGCGUAGGCGUAUCAUCAUCCUCCUUGUCACCGUUGUUCCAGCUGUUCUCAAUAAAAAAUCAAUAUGCCGAUUUCCUUCGACAACUACCGAAAGAUUGCAGUCACGUUAAUGGAGGAUCCGGCUUAUAUAUGAUAUCGGUUGACGAUGGUUCGCCAAUUUUGGUGUACUGCGAGAAACGCACAGUUAAAGCAGAUAGCACCGCAAUUGCCACUGCUCAGACCUCGAGUUCGUCCAAGGCUUACAUCGUAAUUCAACGAAGAACGACUGGCGAAAUAAAUUUCAAUAGAAAUUGGCAAGAAUACGCGCAUGGUUUCGGUAAUUUACGAGGUGAAUUUUGGUUGGGAAACGAGAUAAUUCACAGACUGACCUCAGCUAACGAUACGGGGCUCAGGAUCGAAUUUGAGGAUGCAAAAGGAGAACAAUGGUUCGCCGAGUACGAUACGUUUAGCGUGGCUUCGCGCCACCAAGAUUACAAGUUACACGUGCAAGGAUUCUCCGGUACCGCCACUAACGCUUUUCAACAUCAUGAUGGUAUGUCAUUCAGCACCGCAGAUUCGGAUCACGACACCAGCAAUAACACUAAUUGUGCCGCUGAUUAUGAAAGUGGUUGGUGGUAUUCACGUUGCCAUCGAGCCAACUUAAACGCCAAAUACAAUUUAGGUUUGACUUGGUUCGACUCUCUUAAUAACCAAUGGAUCGCAAUUACUUCCACGAAAAUGAUGCUAAUUAAACGUACAAGUACUAGUACAUAAAUCGACGGUCAACACAGAGACCACUUCAGCGCCAUAAAAUCCAGCUUACUUGGGUAAUUACUACCUAUGUGUAACGGGGUGGUAUACUACAUUUAUAUACCCUGGCUCAAGUAUUACAAAUUCCUCAAGUUCGUGAAACUUCGGUCUGCGGCCAACAGAUAGGUACCAGAAUCAGUGCGUUUCUUUACGUACCAGGGAAUUGGGGGAGGGACAGCCCAUGGGCUCAAAAUGAAGUUUUCAAGAAGUUGUUUGAUUUUAUACUGUUAUAGAGUGCCAUGACAAAAAAAAACACAUUUUUGAGUUUUUGAGGAUGAGCCACCUGGAGAAAAAAUUUGAAAAAACGGAAGAAAACAAAUUUCGUGUGCUUGAAAUAGGUUCGGAAAUAUGGCGGUUUCAAUUUUUUUUUGUUAAUAUCUUACCUCUGGGUGCCAAAAAAUUUUGAAAAAAUUCACAUGACCAGACUCGUGUUAUUUUUAUAUAUUUCGGAUUAAUUCACAAUGUUUUGUUCAAAACUCGUUGAAGUAUGAGGGGUGGGGGAAAAUUAUUCGUAUCCAACAUUUUUUUCAAGAUAUCAAGAUACCGAACAAUGUUUCGUCAAAAUUUCAAACAUUCGAGGACAUGGGGCAUUUUACCCUUUUGGUACUGAAAAUUGUUCUAGUUUCAGUAUUUUUGUCAACCAAUUUGUUUCCAGCAGUUUUGACCCUGAACCUGAAAGAUUCUGAUUAAUGAUUUAGAUCAGGGACCAGAGAUCAGGGAUCGUGUGAUUGUUGCUUAUAUCUACUUACAAUAAUAUACGUAUGUACUUAAUCUUGUAAAAAUAUGAUGUACAUACAUGUACAUAAUAUACUUACUACAGUGGGUUCUACAUAGAAUCAGAAUGGGAUAAAGAAUAAACUAUGCUUUUCAAGUUGAAGCACAUCGUCCAAUUUCUGCUAAAUUUGAUAAAAAUCGCAUGAAAAAGUGUUGAAAACAGAAAACACAGCAUAAGAGAUUUAGAAUCGGUGAAAAUGACGAAAAGUAUAGAACGAAAUUUCUAUAAAAUUUGAUGAAAAUUACUAAAAAAAAAAAAAAAAAAAAAAAAAAAACUGUUACAAACGUGUUAAAAGUACAUAAAGAACAAGAAAAACGUUAAAAUAAUUUUUUAAAAACAUCAAAAAAUUGAGGAAAUUUUAGGGAAAAAAGGAAUAAUUGACUGAUAUGUGUGAUAAAUUUCAGAAAUUUUAAUAUUAUGUAGGCCUAUACUUACAUGCAUAAUUUUACAACUCGAUUCUAUAUUAUGUGGAACCUACUAAACCUAAUUUUAGUUUUCAUCUCCUACUAUUUGUAUUUACCACUAUUGUAUGGCUGUGACUUUGUAUGUACUUAACAUGGCACUGCUUGUGUUCACAUUUAUUUGUUUAAUUGUAAGUUGCAUGGCAAAAAAAUGAAAGACUCGUGUUCAAGUGUGAAUAGAGAGUUUCACAUUUGAAUGCAUAAUUCCUACAUUCUUCACCAAGUAUGCAAAUAUGUGGUACAAUCCCAUACCUACGUUAUCAUUAAGUAUGUACCUAGUUCUGUAAGUUUGAGAUUUCUGGUAGCCUAAGUAGCCUAAGAGAUCAAUUCAUUUCUAAGUAUAGGUAACCAAUACCAUAAGUACUCAAGUUUUUGUUUAGAAUAAUUAUAAUAAGUUAAGCUCGCUGUGUUAUGUAUUUUUAAUAAUAUAAUGAAAGUUUUGAAUAAACGUUUUCCACAGA